AAGCCCCGCCCCCAGCCCCCCGGCUCCGCCCCGAAGUUUGAGGGGUGUGGAUGGUUUGUGACCCCCUCAUCCGAUUCUACCCCUCACCGGCUGGGCGAACUGGGCCUGGGAACGGCGGCCGGGACCAGGCAGCCUUUCGACUCGGCGUGGACCCAGUCAGCGGCCAGGCCAUGGAGCUCUCUGAUGUCCCCUUCAUUGAGAGUGUGGGUAACGAGGUGACUGUGGUGGCAGGUGUGGUGGUGCUGAUUCUAGCCUUGGUCCUAGCUUGGCUCUCUACCUACGUAGCAGACAGCGGUAGCAACCAGCUCCUGGGCACUAUUGUGUCAGCUGGCGACACAUCCGUCCUCCACCUGGGGCAUGUGGACCAUCUGGUGGCGGGCCAAGGCACCCCAGAACCAGCGGAACUUGCCCAUCCAUCAGAGGGUAAUGAUGAGAAGGCUGAAGAGGCUGGCGAAGGUGGGGGAGAUUCCACAGGGGAGCCUGGAGCUGGGGGUGGUGUUGAGCCCAGCCUUGAGCAUCUGCUUGACAUCCAAGGCCUGCCCAAAAGACAAGCGGGCCCAGAGAGCAGCAGUCCAGAGGCCCCCCUGAGAUCUGAGGAUAACACCUGCCUCCCGCCCAGCCCUGGCCUCAUCAAUGUGCGGCUCAAAUUCCUCAAUGACACCGAGGAGCUGGCUGUGGCUAGGCCAGAGGAUACUGUGGGUGCCCUGAAGAGUAAGUACUUCCCUGGACAGGAGAGCCAGAUGAAACUGAUCUACCAGGGCCGCCUGCUGCAGGACCCAGCGCGCACACUGCGUUCCCUGAACAUCACUGACCACUGUGUGAUUCACUGCCACCACUCACCCCCAGGGUCAGCUGUUCCAGGCCCCUCAGCCUCCCUGGCUCCCUCCUCGGCCACUGAGCCACCCAGCCUUGGCGUCAGUGUGGGCAGCCUCAUGGUGCCUGUGUUUGUGGUGCUGUUGGGUGUGGUCUGGUACUUCCGUAUCAACUACCGCCAGUUCUUCACAGCACCUGCCACUGUCUCCCUGGUGGGAGUCACCGUCUUCUUCAGCUUCCUAGUAUUUGGGAUGUAUGGACGAUAAGGACAUAGGGAGAAAAUGAAAGGCAUGGUCUUCCUCCUUUAUGGCCUCCCCCUUUCCUGGCCAGAGCUGGGCCCAAGGGCCUGGGAGGGAGGGGUGGAAAGGAUAAGGUAGGUCCUCCUCCAUAGGCUACUGGAGGCAGAACAGGGCCUUCCCUUCACGUUCACGAGGGUACAGACAUCCCCUCUGUGCAAGCACAACUCAGGUAGAAAUGAGGAUGUCCUCUUCCUUCACUUUUAGGGUCCUGAAGUUCAGAGCCAAGCUGGUGGCCCAGCUCACUGGGGAGUCUGGGCUCUGAGGAUUCCCUCCCAGCUGUGGCCUAGCUCUUCUCAUUGUCCUGCAUGUCUGUUCCUCAGUACCCAGGGCUGCCUGCCAGGGCAGCUCAGCAUGGCCCCAGCAUCCUUCUGUAGGGAGCCUGGAGGAUCUUUAAAUUCCCUAGAGAAAUAUCCACCUUAUGAAACUAAAAUCACACAGGCAGGCAGGAAGAUCGCGUCAGCUUUCCCUACGGCACCCAGCUGCCUCUGCCUUCUCCCUCCACCCCUGUAGCAGGAAUAGGGUGUUCUCCAUGUUCUGGACAGUUUCCAGUGUUCUCCCUUUUUUCAAAGCACUUUGCUUGUAUUUUUUUUUUUUUUUUUAAAUGGUCCUUUAUAGAGCUCAGUCAGGAAGGGGAUUGGGGCACAAAGCCAAGACCCCAGCAUUGGGAGAGGCCAGGCCACAGCUGCUGCUACCCUAGGCCUGAGGCUGUAAGCAAGAGACAGCUCUGGCCCUCAGCCAGUGUCCUACCCUACCCACUCCAAGGACAAGCUCUGGAUAUGGAGCACUGGGCCCCAGGCCCUUGCCUCUGGGGCUCUUGGAUGGUCAGUGUCUGUGACUGAAUAAAGUUCCAUUUUGUGGCUGUGGAGCCUCUUGCUGUGA